UUUUAAUACUUCAUAAAUUAAGACGAUGUCGUUUUGAUCCAAGAUAAGUUGGAAGAGUUUUACAGUUAAUAUUUAAUAUUGUUUCUCCCAAUUCUCUCCUUGGCCGCGUUUCUCCGCCGCCGUCUGGAGCAUCGGUAAGCAAGCCGCCGCCGCCGCCGCCGCCGCAGUGCGCAUCAUCCGUUCCGGAUAAAUUGUUCCGCCAUCACUUCUGCUCUUCCAUUCGAGGAAAUAAAAAUGAGGGAAUUUGGAAGGGUGAAUUAGGAGAGUGAGCUGUGAAGAUGGAAAACAGAGGUGAUCCUGAGCAGCAGAAACAGAAUAAUGCAUCAUUUGUUGUGAAAAUACCUUCAUAUGAAGAGGUGGUUGAGAGCUCCCAACCUAAGUCGCAAUCUUUAUUCAAGCCUUCCUCCUCCUUUUCGCAAGCUUUCAAUUUUAUCAAAAACACUGAAUUUUACACCACCCCGCCGUCUGCACCAGUGGUUCAGUCCUCCAAAGAUGCCCCUUCAUCCUCUCAAGGAUCCCAUCCAAGGCAAACCAUUCAUUCUGAAGCUCCAUCCACUUCAGUUUCAUCAGCUGGUGCAAAUCGGAAUGCCAUCAUCGUAAGCCAUAGACAGAAGGGCAACCCUUUGCUAAAGCAUAUAAGGAAUGUUCGAUGAGUUUUCGCUGAUGUUGUUUGCGACUACUUGUUGGGCCAAAAUGCUUGUGCGCUUUAUUUGAGGUUUGAAGUCAAGUACAGUUUCAUCGAUGUUUAUAUGUUGGGAAUCAAGUACAUUUCCUAUGGCAUGUUUUGACAGCACUCUUAUUCCGAUGUACCCACUAUUAUGAUCAUAGAAACAUGUGUUUUUGGCACAGGCUCUUGAGAUAACAAUAUCUUGACACCAUCAUAUUGAAAUACACCUAUUUGAUCUAA